GAGCAACGAGGACCCUCUCGUAUAGGAGGACAGUUGGCUGUCCUCAUAAAAAUAAACCCUAUAAAACCUUUUCUCAGCAUGUUUUAAUACCCAAAAAGUGGUUUUCUCAAAAGUCCUUAUGUACCAAAAACCUGACAUAUUUUGUAUAUUUGUGUGUCCGCCACUGCCCCCUAUCGGUGGUCGUGGUCCCUGCAUGCUGCGACACACAAGCGCGGGAAAUUAUACACAACGCGGGAAAUUAUACACAACGCGCGAAAUUAGACGCUAAAUCAACACUGCGCAUGCUCAUACUGAUUGGCUGGAUAGAAGACAGCUGCUACACCUGUGAUCACCAGAUUCAUUUGCUGGGAGUUCUUCUGGAAAUGCACGUUGUGGAGAGAAGUAACUUCUGUCAUGCCACGGAGAACUACUCCUCUUCAGGAUGCCACUAAUCACAUCCUUGCAGGAAGAGACAAGAAUUCAAUGUUAGAGAUCAAAUAUAUUAAUCCAGUUAAAGGUCGUGGUAUCUUCACUUUAGCUGUUUUCAAUCAAGGAGACUUUGUGGUGGAGUAUAGAGGGGAGCUCAUUGAUGCAGCUGAAGCUGAACAUAGACGUAAACUGUACCACAAUGCAUGUUCGAUCUUCAUGUUUGACUUCACAUGGAAGCGGAAGACAUGGUGUAUUGAUGGAGCACUUGAAGAUGGGUCAUUUGGACGACUGGUAAACGAUGAGCACAAGGCACCAAAUUGCAGAAUGAAGUUGAUCGAAGCAGAUGGGAAGCCACAUCUCUGCCUUUUUGCACUGAAGGAAAUUAUGGCUGGAACUGAAAUCACUUAUGACUAUGGUGGGAAAGAAUGGCCCUGGCGUAAAGAGACACAACUCAGUGGUGGAAGUUUCCCUUCUGGCCAACACUCCGUUGCAGAGCUUAGUGACCACGCCCAUGACUUGGAACCCAAUGUUUUCUCUACAGACUUAUUCAGAGACACCGAAUUGAGAGCAGAGUGUCAGUCAUCCACUCCCACACCAGACAACCCUGCGCAUGAGGUGCACUGUGUCAGAGGUCAGUGUGGCACUUCUUCUGCGAAAGAGGGGAUUGGAGAAGUUGGUGUCCAGCACCAGGAGGUGUUAUCCCCUGUGUUCUCAGCAGAGCUUGCCAGUGAGACUGGAUCAAGGUCAGGGUGUCAAUCAUCCAGAGCCGCGCCAAAUGACUCUGCUUGUGAGGUGCACUGUGUCAGAGGUCAGUGUGGCACUUCUUCUGCGAAAGAGGGGAUUGGAGAAGUUGGUGUCCAGCACCAGGAGGUGUUAUCCCCUGUGUUCUCAGCAGAGCUUGCCAGUGAGACCGAAUCAAGAUCAGGGUGUCAAUCAUCCAGAGCUAUGCCAAAUGACACUGCUUGUGAGCGAAAUAGUGGAAGCUUCCCUUCUGGCCAACACUCCGUUGCAGAGCUUAGUGACCACGCCCAUGACUUGGAACCCAAUGUUUUCUCUACAGACUUAUUCAGAGACACCGAAUUGAGAGCAGAGUGUCAGUCAUCCACUCCCACACCAGACAACCUUGCGCAUGAGGUGCACUGUGUCAGAGGUCAGUGUGGCACUUCUUCUGCGAAAGAGGGGAUUGGAGAAGUUGGUGUCCAGCACCAGGAGGUGUUAUCCCCUGUGUUCUCAGCAGAGCUUGCCAGUGAGACUGAAUCAAGAUCAGGGUGUCAAUCAUCCAGAGCCACACCAAAUGACUCUGCUUGUGAGGUGCACUGUGUCAGAGGUCAGUGUGGCACUUCUCCAAUCCCCUCUUUCACAGAAGAAGUUGGUGUCCAGCACCAGGAGGUGUUAUCCCCUGUGUUCUCAGCAGAGCUUGCCAGUGAGACCGAAUCAAGAUCAGGGUGUCAAUCAUCCAGAGCUGUGCCAAAUGACUCUGCUUGUGAGUGUACAAUCCAUAAGCUGGUUUUUGAAUCGGUGAGAAUUGACAAAUGCUGGAUAUGCCAUUCACCUUUCACAUCUAUCAGAUGGCACGGUGUAAGAUGCAAACAAUGCUGUGGUGUGUGGCACAAAAUCUGCCUCCAGAAGUCCUCAGAAGACUGGGAUAUAUCAGAUGAUGAUGUCUCAUCUGGUGAUGAGUACAUCCCAGAGUCUGUAUCGGAUUCAGAAAGCUCAGGAACAGAGUUGAGUGCCGAGUUGGCUGAACCAUCCAAGAAGUCCCAUACCAAUAUGCCUGAUUUAGUUACUUUUGCUCACCCAGAACCAGAAAGCUCAGAGUCUGUAUCGGAUUCAGAAAGCUCAGGAACAGAGUUGAGUGCCGAGUUGGCUGAACCAUCCAAGAAGUCCCAUACCAAUAUGCCUGAUUUAGUUACUUUUGCUCACCCAGAACCAGAAAGCUCAGAGUCUGUAUCGGAUUCAGAAAGCUCAGGAACAGAGUUGAGUGUCGAGUUGCCUGAACCAUCCAAGAAGUCCCAUACCAAUAUGCCUGAUUUAGUUACUUUUGCUGAACCAGACCCCGAACCAGAACCAGAAAGCACUGUGGAUAUUCUUGGCCAAAGUAAAUCCCCAACCAAAUCAGGAAAAUUCCUUAAAAGCCAAGUCAAUUAUUGUUUUGUAUGUGGGAAACCUCAAACAAAAUUUGCACGUCAUCUCGAGAAGCAUGUAAAUGAAAAUGCUGAAAUCGCACAGGCACUCCAGUUCCCCAAAUCAUCAAAGGACAGAAGGGUUCUUCUUGAGAAAUUCCGAAACCUUGGCAACUUCAAGCAUAACUCGACUGUUAAAACCACAGGGUCAGGCUGUCUUAAAGUGAAAAGGAGUUCCAAACAGAGUAGCAGCCCUGAGACAUAUGAUUACUGCUUGUACUGUAAGGGUAUGUUAUCCAGAAAAGAACUUUCUCGACAUAUGAAAAGAUGUGCUCUAAGACCCGAGAAUAAUGUUGAAGAGGGACCUGAGUGGACAGAGAGGGUCAUUGGUAUAGCAUCUGCUCAAUUUACAAUGUCCCAGCCAAUUUCAAGUGAACUUUGGUCAGUGCUGGGCAAAAUGCACAAGGAUGACGUGUCCACUGCAAUAAGGAAUGAUCAUUAUCUCAUGCAGUUUGCCCAGUCCCUCUUUAAUAAGCAUGGGAGUGACAGAUCAAAGCAUGAGUAUAUAAGACAGAAAGUAAGGGAACUUGGGAGAUUACUUGUGACUUUGCGCCACACAACUAGAAUCCAUAACAUGGAAGAGGCAAUAAAACCAGGCAACUUCUUUACUCUUACUGGUGCUGUUAAGAGAGUUUCAGGUUUUGAUCACCAACACAACACAUUCAAAGCCCCAAGUCUGGCUCUUAAAAUUGGGCAUUCUCUCAGAAAGAUAAGUGACCUCAUCAUGUGUCGUGCCCUAAUGGAAGAGGACCAAGAGGGGGUCGAUUCCAUCAAGAGGUUUCAUACACUUCAUGAAACAAAGUGGUCUGAAUUAGUUUCCCAUUCUGCCUUAUCAAACCUGAGUGAGGCAAAAUACAAUAAGAGCACCAGGCUUCCACUGGCCAAAGACGUUCAGAAGCUGCAGUUAUAUCUUGGUCAGCAAGUGGAAUUGGCUAAGGAGAAACUAGCCGAUAACCCAACAGCAGGCACUUAUGCAGCACUAGCAAAGGUGACCCUCUGUCAAGUCAUUUUGUUUAAUAGGAGAAGGGAAGGUGAAGUGGCAAGGAUGACUGUAAACAAUUUUGAAGAUCGUGAUGUGUCACAACUAAAUGAUGACAUAAGCACUGGGCUUACAGAAGUUGAGAAGAGACUUUGCAAACAAUUCGCCAGAGUGGAAUUGAGGGGGAAAAAAGGACGAAAGGUUGCUGUGAUCCUGACCCCUGAUAUGACUGCUAACCUGUCACUCCUCAUUAGUAAGAGGAAAGAGUGUGGAGUAACUGAAAACAACAAUUACCUCUUCGCUAUUCCUUGUAGUGAUGGUCAUUACAGAGGACAGUUUGGUCAAUUUGCAGAUGCUUGUGGAGCCGAAGAUCCUCAAAACCUCAGAUCAACUAACCUUCGCAAACAGAUCGCCACAAUAAGCCAAGUCAUGAACUUGAAAGAUAAUGAACUGGACCAGCUGGCCGACUUUCUCGGCCAUGACAUUAGGGUGCAUAGGGAGUACUAUCGACUGCCCCAAUCAACGAUUCAGCUGGCUAAGAUCUCAAAGCUGCUUAUGGCUAUGGAGAAGGGAAGUGUGAAGGAUAUUCAAGGAAAAUCUCUGGAUGAAAUUGGUGAUGACAUAGACAAAAUGGAUACAGGAUCACAGCAACUCCCUAAUGUUUCCACAUUGCAAGACAAUGAAGAAAUGUUGACUUCUGGGACUUUUGGAUCACCUCAUCUCUCCGAGACUGCAGCUCAAGAUGACCAUGGGAACUCUGCCUCUGUAACUUCUGGUUCACCUCAUCUCCCUGACUCCGUUACUCAAGGUUUCUGUGUUUCAUCAAGGCGGUGUACAAAGAGACCAUGGUCUGAGGAGGAGAUACAAGCGGUGAUGAAACAUCUAAGGCCUUUUGUUGAAAACGGUGUCACUGCCACCAGCGGGCAGUGCCUGGAGUGCAAGGAAAAGGAACACCCUAUCUUGGAGACCAGAUCCAUUCAAAACAUUAGAGAUUUUGUCCGCAACAGAGGCUUGGCCUUUAAAAGGCAUUCAAAUGCUAAACGCUAAAUGCUCUUUUGGAUAGCUUGAGCCUUUACCUUUCUAGGCAUGUUUUACAAGUUGGUGUCCUGUGUUCAGAAAUGGGUUAGGUCACUUCAUUUAUUUUGCUCACAGGCAGUUUUUUGUUUUGUUUGUUUUGCUUUGUGGUUAGCCUGGGCCUUUUAAUGUCAGGAUUCACUUUUAUUUUCCUUUAUUAUUUUUUAAAAUGCUGUCCUUGUUAAGGAAGGAAGAGAUUCUUGAGGUGAUCAAAUAUAGUUCAGUGAUUCAACGAAUGUGUUGUGUGUUAAUAAUAACAAACCUAGUUAAGUAGUAACAUUUGGCCCACGGGUAGGUAGACCCCAUCAGAUAAGAGCCGUGGUGUAAUCUGUAAACUUUUGUAACUUGACAAUUUGAUUGGAGGUACUGAUGUUUUCUAUAGGAAGAAGUGUAGAAUGGAGUGAUUGUGCUGCCUGUGUACAUCAUCUGCAAAUGAUGUCUCAAUCUGAUGUUAUUCACACUUAUUUCAACUUGGGUGCCAAAUUGUAAUGCACAACAGAUGUCAA